CCAUUAUACCGUAAAACAUAAAAUGAUGAAUUUCAGUCAACCUACACUGGCUGAAGAUUCAUACUUCUGUUUUGAGUACGUGAAUGGGUCUUGCCCGAAGAUCAUCUAUCCAACAGCGAUACGGAUUCCACUGUAUAUUUUCUUCACCACCAUCAUCGUUAUGACGUUGUGUGGAAAUUUUAUUGUCAUUGUUUCCAUCGCACACUUCAAACAUCUGCAGACCCCAACCAACUACCUCAUCCUCUCUCUGGCAGUGACAGACUUUCUUCUGGGAGGCUGCGUCUUGCCUCCUUACAUGGUGCGAAUAAUCGAAACAUGCUGGUACUUCGGAGAAGUUUUCUGUAAAGUCCAUAUGAGUACAGAUCUCAUGUUGUACAUCACAUCAAUGUUAACUCUUGCUUUCAUUUCCAUUGAUCGAUAUUAUGCAGUUUGCCAUCCUCUCCACUAUCGGAAUAGGAUCACCUCUUAUGCCACGGUAAUCAUGAUCCUGUUCAGUUGGAGUGUGUCUGCCUCUGUUGGGUUUGGGAUGGUAUUUCUGGAGCUGAACAUUUUGGGCAGUGAAAAUCAUUAUUAUGAAAAUGAAGAUGCUUGUGUAGGAAGCUGUGUUCUUUUUCAUGCUGAAAGGGCGUGUUCAGUGUCUUCCAUUCUCUCUUUUUACAUCCCUGGGUUCAUUAUGUUGGUCAUGUAUCAGAAAAUUUUCCACGCUGCGCAGAAGCAAGCCCGCUCUAUUCACAGCACUGCCUGUAACAACGUGCACUCUGAAAACAGCACAUCAUCAAGCCACAACGAGCGAAAGGCUACAAAGACCCUGGCAAUUGUUAUGGGGGUAUUCCUGUCAUUCUCUGCACCGUUUUUUAUGUGUAACAUAAUUAAUCCAUUAAUUAAUUAUUCCAUUCCGCCUAUGUUAAUUGAAACACUUUUCUGUAUCACCUAUUUAAACUCAACAUGUAAUCCUAUUAUUUAUGCUUUCUACUACAGUUGGUUUAGGAAAGCAUUCAAAAUGAUUAUUUUUGGCAAAAUAUUUGAAGCUCAUUCCUCAACAGCAAAAUUGUCCACAGACUGAAAGUGCCUUAAUUGAUUUAUUAUAGAUUUUUUGUUUUGUGACAUCAUCAAGUUGAAAAUUGACAAAAAGUGAUUUCAAAUAUUUGAAAUAACUUUCUCGUUUUCACUAAAAAUAGAGCAAAAUAUAUAAAGCUA